AUUAAUGUCCAUUUGAUUCCUAGGUUCACUCUCAUAUGUUGGCUCUCAUAUCGCUUGCAUAUCUCCGAACGCAUAAAACGACUAUUACUGCAGCAAAGCGCGGGCUUUCAGCUAGUUUACCCUAUAAACUGAAAUUGUAUCUGUAUAGAGUUGGAUACUAAAGUAUAUAUGCUUCAACUGGGUGUUUAGUAUUCGGCUAAUCUUUUAGGAAGUUCUAAAGUUCAAUCAGGAAACAGGAUUUGAUGUCUUACAGUUAAAUGGCUUAAAUUCUGCUUCUUGACAUGUACGUUUUUCAUUGCUUAACAGUGGGUCCGACAUGGAUGCAUCGAUGAAUGCAAAUGCUGGGAUUGGUGGGAGUGGUGGCAACGGAAUAAUGGUCCCUCAAACCAAUGAUACAGCAGGAACAGCAGGGGUGGAUGAUCCUAAGCAAGACCUGAACAAGGUCAUUAACUCUAUUCAGAAGACUUUAGGGCUCAUUCACCAGCUCUACCUCACUGUGUCGUCGUUCAAUGCUGGCUCUCAGCUCCCCCUCCUCCAGCGCCUAAAUUCUCUUAUUACGGAGCUUGACAAUAUGGCUAAGUUGUCUGACAAGUGCAACAUCCAGAUUCCUAUGGAGGUCUUUAAUUUGAUUGAUGACGGAAAGAAUCCUGAUGAAUUUACGAGGGAUGUCAUAAACAGCUGUAUUGCCAAAAAUCAGAUCACUAAAGGCAAAACUGAUACCUUCAAGAGUUUGCGCAAACAUCUUCUGGACGAACUUGAGCAGGCAUUUCCUGACGAAGUUGAAUCAUAUAGAGAAAUACGUGCUGCUUCUGCUGCUGUAAGUUGCACUGGUCCACCAGUUUGGUGUAAAUGGAUUUUAUCAAAUUUGAUUGUCUGCAUUUUUGUUAUAGGCUUCUCUUUUGGUCAAAAUUAUGUGAAGUCUUCUUUGCACCUAGUCAUGCCUUCUCCCAUUCGCUUUUGUUCAUUGUCCCUAUUAAAUACCCCUUUUAUGAUUGUGUACCCUUAUGUAAAUGAAUCCCUCACCUAUCUGUGACUCUGCAGCUGUCAGAGGUUGGCGUUUGCCUGUUUUGAUAAGACUAUUUAUUACCUUCCUGGAAGUGUUAAGCAAGUGUUGGUUCUUUAUGCAACUCUUUUUUGAUACAGGAAACAAAACGGCUUGCACAAGCACAAAGCUCAUUGCCUAAUGGAGAUGUGAAGGUCAAACCUGAGUUUUAAGUGUAUUCAUCAGUGUCAUAUCUGUAGUUUGAAGGAUAUGAAACCUAAUGAUUUGGGUCACAUGUCAUAGUUUCGGUGUUAAAUAUGUGCUCUGGAAAUUGUCAGUUUAGUAUUCUUCAUAGAAUUGUAUUCUAUUGGCUUUAUUUAGUUCCUGCCUUUCUGGGUCUAGAAGCUUGUUUGCAUCAAUUAAUCUAUGGACAUGGUGGGGAUGAUUGAUGAAUGUUUUUACCAUACACAUGGAUAGGGAAGUCAGGACUCAGAACUAGCUUCACUCUUGCUUUAAUUGUAGUGAAAAAGUUACCCUCUAUUGCUU